CUCACAAGUAUCAUUACAUUUACACUCGUUAGAUAUCCAUAGAGAGAGAGAGAGAGAGAGAGAGAGAGAGAGAGAGAGAGAGAGAGAGAGAGAGAGAGAGAGAGAGAGAGAGAGAGAGAGAGAGAGAGAGAGAGAGAGAGAGAUAGAUAGUAAGAGAGAUGGCUCCGACGUACACGAUGGCUGGAGGCAAGGGUCCGAAUAGCUACAGUCAGCAUUCAACGUAUCAGAGAGCGUUGCUUGAAGUAGCAAAGGAAAAGAUCAGUGAAGCAAUCUCCACCAAACUCGAAAUCAACUCAGCUUCUAAUCGCUUUAACAUAGCGGAUUUUGGUUGUUCCACUGGACCUAACACGUUCCUUGCAGUACAAAACAUAAUUGAUGCUGUGGGACAAAAGUACGGUAAAGAAACUCAGCUAAAUCCGGACGAUAACAUUGAGUUUCAUGUUCUCUUUAACGAUCAUUCAAACAAUGAUUUCAACACCCUUUUCCAAACACUCCCUCCGACCAAAAGAUACUUUGUCUCUGGAGUUCCCGGUUCUUUCUUUGGACGUGUUCUUCCUCAAGACAGUCUCCAUGUGGGACAUUGUUCUUACUCCCUUCAUUGGUUGUCCCAAGUUCCUAAAGGGAUCGCGGAUCGAAACUCUCCUGCAUGGAACAAGGACAUUCAUUGCACUGGAUUCUCGGAAGAGGUCGCGGAAGCGUAUCUCGAUCAGUUCAAGAUCGACAUGGGGAGUUUCUUGAGAGCAAGAGGAGAAGAACUCGUGUCCGGGGGGUUGCUAUUUCUUCUUGGAUCAUGUGUACCGGAUGGAGUUAAAAUGUCUGAAACAAUGAAAGGAAUGCUUCUUGAUCACUUGGGAAAGUGCCUCAAUGAUGUAGCUAAAGAGGGAUUAAUCAACCAAGAGAAGCUGGACUCUUUCAACUUCCCAAUCUAUCCGGCACACGUUGCGGAAUUCAAGAGUGUCAUUGAAGACAACGGGUGUUUCACGAUUGAAGCUUUUGAGAAAAUUAGUCAUGCGAACGAAGAAUUUCCUCUGGAUCCAGAGUUCUUGGCAACUUCAAACAGAGUUACAUUUGGAGGAGUUAUUGAGUCGAGGUUUGGUAAAGAAGCAAUGGAGAGGACAAAUGAGCUUUAUGAGAAGAAGUGUCCAGAGAUACUUCCGGAACUUGCCAAUGCCAAAUCUGGAAUGCAAUUUUUCAUUAUGCUUCGAAGGAAAUGAUUCUUUGAUGAUUUAAUGAUAGAUUGUUGAUGUUUGUUGUGUCCGUAAAAUUUACUGAGAUGCUCUUUGCCAAAAAAAAAGUUGCUGAGAUGCUACGAUUUUCCGAAUAAUUGUUGUCAAAUUGCUUUGUUCCUAAAUAAAAAUAUUUUUGGCACUUCAGAAACUUUAUACACAU